AUGAUCACAAAAUUGCUGCUGGCCGUGCUGGCCACAGCGGUUUUGGCUCAGUCUCAAUCUGGUGGAGAUAAUGGAGACGAUUCGAAUCGACGAGGACCGCCAAGGCCAAGGCCUGAUGGACAAGGACCACCAGGACAAGGACAAGGACAGGGACAAGAUGGACAGAGACCAGGUCCACCUGGAAGAGGACAAGGAGGACAAGGAGGCCCGGGCGGUCAAGGUGGCCAAGGAAGAGAUCAACGACAAAAUCAAAAUGGCGGCAACAGUAAUGGAAUGAGGAUCUUGGAUCCUAAAGCCACUCUAUUAGCAAUCAUCAGCUUGGGUCCAGAGCAGAAGGAACGGGACCACUGCGGAAAGUGGGGAGACUGGAAAGAGGUGAAAUGCUGGUGGCCCGAUCAGAACUUCAGUUCGUUGCCUGAAGAAUGCACCAAUAUCACCUAUCCAAAGAAAGUACCGCAAUCAUUGCAAAAAUUCAUCGAUGCUAAAGUUCAAGAAGUCUAUGCGGUGAUCCAAGCAGCCUAUCAACGACGAGGCGCUCCACCGAAAUGCGGUCAUUGCACACAUUCGUUCAAAUGUCGAACGAGAAAUGCCACAAAAGAGGAUGAUGAUGAUGAUGAGAUGGAUAUGGGAAUGGAUUUCGAUUUUGGAAUGAAUGAUGAUGAGGAAGAUGAUGAGGAAGAUGAUGAGAGUUCGAUGGAAGAUCUGGGAGGACAAGGAGGACAAGGAGGACAAGGAGGACAAGGAGGACAAGGAGGACAGGGAGGACAGAGAGGACAAGGAGGACAGGGAGGACAAGGAGGACAAGGAGGACAAGGGAGACGCCCAAGACCUAGACCCCGCCCACGUCCACGUCCACGACCUGGGAAACAGUGCAAAAAGAAAGAAAUUCGCCCAAUUGACGCCGAUUGUGAUGACGCGAAAGCCUGCAAAGUCUCCUCAGUCUUCGGUGGAUGUCCGGCUCCAUUGUUCUUGCAUAAAGAUCGAAUGAAGAAAAUCAAUGAAAUGAUGAUGAGUGGAGAUCAUCAAGGAGCUCUUGAUGCAAUGGAUUUUAUGCAAGACGAUGAUGAUGAGAAUAUGGAUGACUCGAUGAGAAAGAAACGACAAUCCGGUUUCUACGAUCCAUCCACUUUCUAUGCCAAUUCGGGAAGCCAAGGAAUGAGAUCACAAAUGCAAAUGAUGGGCCCUUGGCAACCAAACAACGACUGGACUGGCUCAUCGCAAAGCCAAAACCCUUUCCUCCAGUGGAGAAGAGAAAGAGGAAUGGAUUCUUACAGCCCGAGAUUUAAUCGUCAAUAUGAUCAUAAACCGGGUGGACAUGGGGGAAGAGGGGGAAGAGGGGGAAGAGGUGGAGGAGGUGGAAAGGGGAAAGCCAAGUUCAUCGCCAAUCUUUUGCAUGGAACCAACUGUGUCAGCUCCGGAAAUGAAUGUCUCUGUUGCUGUGGCGGCCAUAUUCCCGAUGCUAAAUCGGGUGACUGCAAAGAUAUUCGCUCAAUGAUGCCACAACUUCCAAAGCUUCUCGAUUUUGCGAUGAAAAAAGAUCAAUCUCAA